UCAAUUUAGAGAGAGAGGGAGAGAGAAAGAGAGAAUGACAAGCACUCAGCACAGCACCUGGUUCUUAUUGACAAUGGCUACGGCUUUGGGGACACCUGCUAUAGGCCAGAUGCCAUUUAAUUACCACAGGCCAGGCCACCUCGGUCAGGCGCUGAGGUCGGGCUCCAUCUCCCAACCUGCUCUGUCUCCUGGUUGGUCUCCUGUGUCCUUUACUGCCAGGUGUUUGAACAUCAGGGGAUGCGACCUAUCCUCCGCCUCGAGGCAGAAGGCCAGGGCCCAGUUGGCAGGACAUGCUCCCUCUACCUCCAAAGGUGGUUCUUCCCGACCACCCAGGCCCCGUGGUCCCUAACCAGCCUCCUCCCCUCCCCCGGAGCCCUCUGACCUCUCCACCUGUCCCCGGUGCCUUCCCCACCCCGGACAGUGGCAGGACUGUCACUAUGUAAAUGUCUGUGCAAAUCCCUUGGAGUCAAGCGGCCAGCUCUCUGGUGAGGCAGAGCGACCUCUGGGGACCCCACUUCCCAGCCAUGGGACCUCAGGCCGGGGUGGUCUGCUCCCUGUUCUUUCUGCUCCAGGUCCUGGCCGUGCCGGCUGAGAACCCGGACUUCAGCCUGGCAGGGGAUUACCUCUUGGGCGGCCUCUUCACCCUCCAUGCCAACGUGAAGGGCACCGUCCACCUCAACUUCCUGCAGGUGCCCAAGUGCAAUGAGUACGAGGUGAAGGCGCUGGGCUACAAGCUCAUGCAGGCCAUGCACUUUGCGGUGGAGGAGGUCAACAACCACAGCAGCCUGCUGCCUGGCGUGCGGCUGGGCUACGAGAUGGUGGACAUCUGCUACGUCUCCAACAACAUCCAGCCCGUGCUCUACUUCCUGGCGCAGGAGGACUAUUUCCUGCCCAUCCAGGAGGACUACAGCCACUACGUGCCCCGCGUCGUGGCCGUCAUUGGCCCUGAAAACUCUGAGGCUACCAUGACUGUGGCCCACUUCCUCUCCCUCUUUCUCCUUCCACAGCUGCUCCAGGAGAUCAGGAAGGUCAACUUCACCCUCCUGGACCACCAUAUCUUCUUCGACGACCAAGGGGACCUGCCCAUGCCCCUGGAGGUCAUUCAGUGGCAUUGGAACCGGAGCCAGAACCCAUUCCAGACCAUCGCCUCCUACCACCCCGAGCAGCGGCAGCUGAAGGACGUCCGCGGAGUCUCCUGGCACACCCCCGAUGGCAUGGUCCCCGUGUCCACGUGUUCCAAGGACUGCCAACCUGGGCAAAAGAAGAAGUCUGUGGGCAUCCACCCCUGCUGCUUUGAGUGUCUUGACUGCCCCCCUGGCACCUUCCUCAACAAAACUGAAGAUGAGUUUGACUGCCAACCCUGCCCAAGCAACGAGUGGUCCCACGGGAGAGACACCUCCUGCUUCAAGCGGCGCCUGACCUUCCUCCAGUGGCACAACUCGCUCACCAUCUUUGUGGUCCUGCUGGCGGCCCUGGGCUUCCUCGGCACCCUGGCCAUCCUGGCCAUAUUCUGGAGGCACCUCCAGACGCCCAUGGUCCGUUCGGCUGGGGGCCCCAUGUGCUUCCUGAUACUGGCAUCGCUGCUGGUGGCGUACCUGAUGGUCCCCGCGUACGUGGGGCCGCCCACGCCCGCCACGUGCCUCUGCCGCCAGACCUUCUUCACCCUCUGCUUCACCAUCUGCAACUCCUGCAUCGCCGUGCGCUCCUUCCAGAUCGUCUACGUCUUCAAGAUGGCCCGCCGCCUCCCGCGCGCCUAUGGCUACUGGGUUCGCUACCACGGGCCCUACGUCUUUGUGGCGGCCAUCACGGCGCUCAAGGUGGCCAUGGUGACAACCAAUCAGGUGAUCACUGCCACCGGCCCCACCGCCCGCGCCGACCCCGGGGACCCCAAGAUCAUGAUCCUCUCCUGCAACCCCGACUACAGCAAGGGGCUGCUGGUCAACACCAGCCUGGACCUGCUGCUCUCCGUGGUGGGCUUCAGCUUCGCCUACAUGGGCAAGGAGCUGCCCACCAACUACAACGAGGCCAAGUUCAUCACCUUCUGCAUGACCUUCUACUUCACCUCCUCCAUCUCCCUCUGCACCUUCAUGUCUGUCUACGAGGGGGUGCUGGUCACCUUCCUGGACCUCUUGGUCACUGUGCUCAACCUCCUGGGCAUUAGCCUGGGCUACUUCGGCCCCAAGUGCUACCUGAUCCUCUUCCACCCGGAGCGCAACACGCCGGCCUACUUCAGCAACGCCAUCCAGGGCUACACCAUGGGCAGGGACUAGCGCCGCCCAUGGGGCCGGAGGGCCUGGGCGCUGGGAGGUGCAGGUCGGGGCCUUGCCUGUUCAUGCAAUCCCUCACUGUGACCACCUCGUCCUGGUCUCUGAUUGGCGUCCCCUCCAGGUUCUCUGCCCACCUAGUCAUGGGCACCUAAACAUACUCACGCUUGGUUCCCUUCCCUCAAGCUGCUUAGCUUGCCAGGCACUGCCACCCCCUGGAAAAAUGACCCAAGGUGACCUACUGCUGGUCUCCUAGGACCGGUCUGAUUUGGCAGCCUACAGGCGCCAUCUGGUGGUCACAGCGGGCAUCUGCGAAUUCCGGCUCAUUCCCUUGGCCUGUGCUCAUGGUGGGGAUGGGCUUGGUGUGGGAGGGUGUGGGAGGAUGUGAGAGGAUGUGAGAGGAUGUGAGCUCACGUAAUGUCGCCCAGGCAUCUAGCUCCCCAGGUGUCUGUGUCUCAUCUCCCAGACCCCCCCAGAGCUUGGACCCAGGCUUCUGUGUUGUGUCUGAAUAAUGGCUGGCACA